AUUAUCAUAUUCCCACUGAGACGAGUAUGGGAUUGAUUGGUGAUUGUCAGUUCUGGCGCAUUCAGCUUGAUAUUCCAGGCUUGAAUGAGGAUCUUCAAGUGGCUUUGACAUGUCAACACGGACUAUACCACCCGUAGUCAACACCCAGUCCAGCCCUAGCAGUGUACGCCCGGCGUGUUGCAUCUCUACCCCUAUCCCGGACGUGACGCCUUUUCGUAUUCAGGAUGAUCAUUCAAGUGCAACGCCAGGGUGUACAAUUCUUUCGGUUCUGGUCGGAACUUCGGCGAGAGGUGUGUGCUCGGCCCCUGAGUCAAGAGCUAGCGGCCGAUUGGACUCGGGCGAGGGCUGUAUAUGCUUCGGUCAAAAUGCGACUGGUCCACACUGGCUCGGAGACGCUAUCGUUUCUUCCUCUAUCGGCGACGGGCUUUGUGGGCUACGCCUUCUCGAUGUAAAGGGCAGGUUUGCUUCGAUUGCCAUUACCCAGCAGUCUCCGGGUGACUAUCCUGGGCUGACAUUUCUUGACAGAAAUCUCUGCAAGAACCGCGUGAAAUAUGAUGGUUUCCGCCGGCAUUUCACUUUAGACGGGAGAUCGGCCAGAAGCCAAUGCGUCGAGCGGCCUACGACGAGCUCUGCUUCUGAUCCAUGCUGGGAUAGUAUGAAGGAUUUGUAUGCUACGAUGUUGCUGAUCUCGUAUGAGUCGCUCGCGACAAAUCUUUGCAGGUCUAUCCAGGGCCGGCUUCACCACGGGCAGACCGCAAACCACGAGAUCUCCCGCCGAACUACUCAAUAUUCUCGAGCAACUGCGAGUACCGAUAAGAUCAGUGAAACAUUGGACCGAUUUGAGAAGUGGACCUGGAUUAUGCGAAUUUCAUAUGCCGGUAAAACGGGACAGCAGCUUGACUGCGUCAGGGGCAUUGCUGGAGCCUGAAUUCGAAGUUACUCGGUGUCAUGAGAUCUUGUAUGAUCCAGUACAUGUUGCAUGGAUGGAAUACCAUAAAAUCAAGGAAAACACUGUAACCUUUACCUACCAAGGGAAACCAGUUAUAUCAAACGGCUUCCACCAGUCUUGACCAGAACUGAUUGAGAAGAGAUCGAGUCGUAUGGGUCUGUACAUAAUUGGAGAUGCUUGAUGCAGGAAGAUAUGCAUGAGUAAGGAGGACAUCUGCGAGCUGAGUGAUCAACUAGUCCUUCCUGUUGGACAACAUAUUGAAUUAGUCCUUGUAGUUGUGCCAUAUUGAAAUCCCUGGAUCUGUGAAGAUUUCAU